AUGGCCAUCGUAUCGAACGCUAUCGUGCUCUCCUUCCACCUCAAGAGCCAACCGAGUAAUAUUGAGCUUCGCAUGGCAAAGCCUCUAGGCAUCAUCUUCUGGAUUCUCUCGCUCUGCUGUCUGAGUCUCGGCUUGGGCAACUAUAUAAGCUGGAAAACGCAAAUCGUCCUCGGCUUCGUAUCCGUCUCCAUCGUUGGGACUUGCGUGAUCUUGCUUGUCAUUACCAAGGUUUCAGGAGGCCAUUCCUCCUCGGUCCUAUCGAGCUUCCCCUACUGGCCCGGGGCCAAUCCUUAG